AUUGUCGUCUCCCCCAAAGAUUCAAAUUUUCAAAGCCGCCAAAAGCAACGAUGCCUCUCCCUCCCUCUCCUCAAGCAGCAGCAGACGAAAACCCUCCUCUCCCUCUCCUUCUCCCUUCUCCCUCCAUUAUUAACGGUCCCUCUCUCUCUCUCUCUCUCUCUCUCUCUCCUUCUCUGGGUCUCAGCUUUUCUCUCUGGAUCAGAGCACUGAGCAGCAGGAGGGCCGACGAGGAACGGAGGAAGGAGUUUCCUUUGUUUUUCUUCUCUGGGGCUCGGAAAUGUCUGUUCUUGGAGGCGGAGACUGCGAAUCGAGGCAGCCCUUCUACUGCCGGAAGGAUAAGUCCCUCGGGGUCCUCUCCUCCAACUUUCUGAGGCUCUACAACAAGGACGGUGUCGAUUCCAUCGGGCUCGACGACGCUGCUAUCCGGUUAGGAGUCGAACGGCGCCGCAUCUAUGACGUUGUCAACAUAUUGGAAAGCAUUGGAGUUGUAGCUAGAAAAGCCAAGAAUCAGUACGCAUGGAAAGGCUUUGGGGUGAUCCCCGAGGCUCUUGAAGAGCUCAAGGAAGUAGGGCUGAAGGAGAAUUUUACCAUGUCAAGUUGCUUCAAUUCGACCAAGGUUUCGAAUGAUUGUGAAACUGUUGGGUCUUCCGAUCUCAAGCUCGAGAUGCAAGAUGUCUCCUCUGGGUCGUCUAAAAAUGACAACAGGAAAGAGAAAUCUUUGGCCAUACUCACUCAGAACUUUGUCAAGCUCUUUCUCUGCUCUGGGGCGGAACUCAUCACUCUUGACAGUGCAGCCAUGGCUUUGCUCGGAGAUAACAGCAAUUCAACAGCUAUGCGAACAAAAAUUAGACGACUCUAUGACAUUGCCAAUGUUUUCUCUUCGAUGAACAUGAUUGAGAAGACACAUCACCCUGAGACUAGAAAACCUGCAUUCAGGUGGUUGGGAUGGAGAGGAACUCCUGUCAAUGGAUUCAUAUAUGCUGCUGGUUCAGACAAGAGUGAAUCCCGGAAAAGAAUGUUCGGACUGGAUUUAACUAAUUACGAGUCCAAGAGAAGUAAGGUGGAUUCUUCGAUUAGUUGGAAGUCAAACGGGAUGGUUAAGUAUCCUGUCGCUGUGAAGCAAGAAGAUUCAGAGAACAGUUGUGAUAAUAAGAGUGAAGUAGAACAGCAGCCGAGUCACGAGGUGCGGGGUUAUGUAUUCGGUCCCUUUGCUCCUGAACCUGUGAGCCAAUCAGCAGCUACAGAACGGAACAGUGCGCGACGUACUCAAGACUGGGAGACCCUUGCUUCAGCUCAUCGCCCUCAAUAUCAGAAUCAAGCUCUGAGUGAUCUCUUUGCUCAUUACAUGGAGGCUUGGAAGUCAUGGUACACCGAAGUCGCGGGAAACAACCAUGUACAGGAAGUCUCCUAACGAAAUUUCUCGUUUCUCCAUUGGCAGCGAUCGAUUCUUAAGUGCAGAAGAACUCAACUUCAGAAGAUUCUCUUGAUUUCACUUGUUCUAAGGCCAUGGCUAGUCGGGUGCAUUCUCUUGAUGCCCCGUUGUAUAGUCACAACCAACCCGAGUUCACUAAUCCUCAUUGAUCCCCCCUUGAAUAUUUCACUGGCCGUGUUCUUCAAAUUGGUUCGUGUCAGUUUUAGGUUUGACAACAGACAAAUAAUCGCUUGAAGCUCAGGUAGAUGAUUUUAUGACUCAAUUUCUUUUUUUUUCUUUUUUCCUUUUCAAAUUGUCCAUUGUUGAGAGAUUCGCAAUGUCUUUUCCUUUGGCUCACGAACUCAUUCAUAUAUCUUUUUUUUAGAACU